UUCUACGAAUGCAGGCCGGACUCAAGUGUGGCACAUUUCCAAGAGAGUUCAGUUUGGAAUUAUUUGAGUUAGAUCUUAGAAUCUUACGACCUGAAAGAAAAGAAACAUUACAAAUCGGCUCCCUGACUAUCAAAAGACAAUCUGUAUUGUUGACAACUCCAGCGUCCAGUUCAUCAGCCUUGGUUUCUCAUCGUAACCGAUCGACACAAACAACGCUGAAAUAGCAAGAACAUUUUCACUUGAAGCAUGAGCAGCCCUGAAGAAAGCAGUAGUGAUCGAGUCAUUAAAGUCCUGUGCGAAAAAUUGAACCUGAUAGCUUUUGUAGAGGGACAGGAAGGGUAUGAAAAAUCCAUGAGAAGACUGUUCAAUGAAAGUCCUUCUAACAAACCUAAGGCAUUCAUCAACCCCAGGACUUCAGAUGAAGUAUGUCACGUGCUGCAGUACGCCUCAGCUAAUCAUCUUCAAGUAUCAGUCCUUGGUGGAGGACACGACCCUAAAGGUCUGGCUAUAAUUCGCGACGGUCUUGUCCUUGAUAUGUCGGCAAUGAAAAACAUAGACGUAGACAGUGAGGCUGCAACAGCCUGGGUCGAGGCUGGCGUGACCGUGAAGGACCUUGAUGACGUCACCUGUCCCCGGGGACUCGCUGCAGUGAACGGUUCCUGCACAGAUGUGGGUGUCAUCGGUUUCAUGUUGGGCGGGGGGUUCGGGUUUCUUAGCAGAACACAAGGGCUGGCAGUCGACAACUGUCUUCAAAUGGAAGUUGUCGCACCAGCGGGUCAGCGGAUUGUGGCAUCACCGCAUGAGCACAUGGAGCUUUUCUGGGCACUGAGAGGAGCUGGGCAGGUGGGAUACGGCGUGGUUACAAAGGUACAAGUCAAAUUGCACAAGUUACAAGAGGAAUAUGUUGGAGGUCGCUUUUGCUAUCUUCCGAUGCCCGCAGAAAAGCUUAGGGAAUUCUUGCAUUUCAUGAACGAGUUGUGCAGAGAAGCCGAAGAUGAAAUAACCUUCAAUAUUUACCUCGUUACGCAAUUCCCCGGGGUUGCAGUCGACUACUUCUAUGAUGGACCCCCUUGUGACGCCGAGAGAACCCUCCUUCCUUUUCUUCGUCGUCUUACAGAGACGUUUGGUCCCCCAAUGGAGAAUUCCUCAACUAGUGACGGCUCUUGGCAAGAACAGACCACCUCUUACCAGAAAUAUCAGCAGAGAUUUGGCGCUGAAUCUGAAAAGACGCGCAAGAUGUGGAAGUCUGCUUUUCUUGGAAUAUUAACUCCCGAGGUCAUUCAAAUCAUAAUGAACCAGCUAGAAUCGGCCCCAGUUGGUUCUACUCCUCACACUAUUGGUCUAGAGCAGCUGGGAGGAGCAAUCAACCGAAAGUCAUGUGAUUCCUGCGCUUACGUACACAGAGACGCUCUUUUUCUGUACAGUGUGCAGGCCAUGUGGAAACCCCAAGACGAGACUAAUGGUAAUGCGCAUGCAUGCAGACAGUGGGCAGAAAGAGCUGGUCAGUCACUGCUGGCUCACUCACUCGGCUCAUACCAGAAUUAUGCCGACUGCGGAGAAGCAACCAGUCAGGAACGCCUGGAAAAUUACUUCGGCAAGAGCAAUUUGCAACGGCUGAAAGACCUCAAAAAGGAAUAUGACCCACAUGGGGUAUUAAACAAAAAACAUUUUGAAUUCUAAAAAUGUAACGUAUUCUACGAAAGGUCCGAAAGAAAAGAUUAUAUAUUCAGUUAUGGUAAAACAAUUAAAGAGCCUUAAACACACUUCUUGUAGUUCUUAAUAAUUGUUUGUCAGAGUGUUUCCCGGGUACCGAGCUUUAUCACAGUAAAACCGGUAUACGUUAAAGUGUUAUACACUGAAGUUGCAACACUGCUAACCGGUCAUUGGUAUCCAGUAUAUAGCACUGAAAUUAGAUUUGUUAUAAAUAAAUUGUUCGGAACCAACCAAGUUCAUGAAACCUGGGUUGCAAUGUACUGACCUCUAAAACUUCGUCUUAACCAACAAGACCAAAUGUGGAGUCUUCUCAAACUAACAAGUAGCGAAACAUAAACCCGCUGAAGGCGCCAGAAUUUGUGAGAUUUGUUCGUGCUUUUAGCUUCGCGUUUGGUGUUAGUUUCGCGUAAUUAAUUGUGUCCUUUUGUAUAUGUUAUGUUCAUUUGCAUAUUCCAUAAGUUCGGUUCGCGUGUAAUUUAUUUUAGUUAGUAGCGUCAUUGGGUUCUGUGAGCGUCUUUGGAUUUGUUACAGCUUUUCGGUUCGUCUUUGGUUCGUCACAUUCGUCUUGUAAGUUUCUUCGUUUAUUUCGCUUUGCCGCUUUUCUGCGUUCUUCAUGUUCGGUCGUUGUUAGUUAUUUUAUGUUCAUUCCUGUGUUUGUAAUUUUGCUAUUUUCAGUUACCGUGUUUCGAUCUACAAUCGGAUGGAAUAAAUUUCUAUGUGGAGGGAAGAUCUGGAACGAGUUAAAAGCGUGUGCGACAUUACCCGCCAUGAUUCUAAGAUGUCUGAUACAAGUUCUUACGCGCUGAUCGGUAAAUGAUUUUCAAUUGGCUUUUUGUCCUGAUUGGUGCACUGUACUAUUUGGAUUACUCGACGUUUUCCCGCGCUUACCACUGGUUACAGGAUAAUUCUGAUUGGUUCGCAGCUUUUGACGCUGACUUGAUUGGUUCGCAGGUUUUAGCAAUAUUGAACUUACGCGAUUUCCCGCCCUUACCGCUUGCUGCAAUCAUCUAUUUCGAGACUAGAUUGGUUUACUGCACAAUUUGGCUAACAGAAGUUUUAGCGAUAAACGAAUUCCAAAGAACUCAAACUUCCGGAACCCAACGAUGGAAAAUGGACGCAAUCGGAGUACCUCACGUUUUAUUUUCGGCAGAGUUCGGACAGUCGGACAAACAGCACAGGAAAAGCAACCUUUGAUUCAUGAGCAAUCCUUUAUGACAAUAAAUAGCGAGUAGUAAAUAAAAACAAACGCUUCAUCGCAUACAUUUUGAUGCAACUUCUUAUCACAAUUCACUCGAACACCCAGUCACACUAAUAUCAGUCAUGUAGUAGACAUAACAAGAAACAGUUUGAUGUCUGGAUUUCGGCCCGCGGGGGGAUGGGGGUGAGGAACUCCCAGUUUAAAAGGAUGGGGGUGCUCAUCGUAUCUUUCAGGGGUUAAAAACACGCUUCGGGUACCUCUUACGAUAUUAUGCCGUAAGAGGCCCACAGCGGAAGCUGUUGCAGCACCAUUUGGGGUAUUGACCCGAAAAAAAUAUGACAGGAGAGAACGUGUUGUUUUAAAAUUGGUAUCUUUAUAGGAAUUCUCUUAGGGGUGA